CAUAGAAAUAGACCAGCAGCAGCGAACACACGUAUUAUAGACGCUUGCCAAUGAUGUCCGCCACGCCUUUUGCCACAAAGAAAAGAUGCGGACCCCGCAUACGGUCCAUUCUGAUGCUGGUGGCGGUGGUCAACGCCGUUGUUCGGAACAGCCCGUCCGUACUGGUGUUCGCGUUCGGGACAACAAGAACAACGAGACGAACCAGAUCGUCGCCGCCAUUGGUGCGGGGGAGUGGGUGCGAGAAACGGGGCAGCCAUCAUCCGCAGCGAAGCACGAGAGCUGCCGACACGACGAGGCUGGAUCUGUCGCUGCCGAUGGAAGUCCCCGUCGUGGGCGACCUGGUCUCSACAUAUGGCUACUGCCUCAAGUACCAUUACUUCCCGACCCAGUCCGUCACRAAUGCGGUGCUGACGGUGGUAGGUGACGGCAUCGCCCAGACCGUAGAGGCCGGGGAAACCAAUGGAAGCAACAAAAGCACGAGCAACGCCCAACUUUCCCCGARCGUCUCGUCGUACGACCCCAAGCGGGGCCUCGUCUAUUUUUUCAAGGGCCUGGGCAGCGGGAUCUUCUGGGCCUGGUGGUUCGAUUUCGCAGAGGUCUGGUCGGCCGAGCUCACCCAAUCGGUGCUGUCCCWCGCCACCGGUGGGUUUGGUUUGGAUGGGGAUGYCGCCGGGGUGGACGCGAUCACCUGCGCCGUCCGGACGGCCAUCAACAUCGCGCUCGAGCAGUUCCUGGUCGCUCCCUUUGUGUUUGCCGCCUGGGACAUUCCCGUCACGGCGGCGAUGCGGGGAUCCCCCCCCGACCAGAUCUUCCCGGGGCAGAUCGUGGAGAAGCUCCCGCCGCUCUUUGUGGCCAACGCCCGGGUCUGGACGCCCGUCAACGUCGUGACGUACAACCUCCCCCUGGAGUACCGGCUGCCCUUUACGAGCGCGGCCUCSAUYGUCUCGGAAUCGAUCAACGCGGGGAUCACCUCGAAGCAGCCGGCCCGGGCGGUUCCGCCGGUGGUGCUUCCGGAGGCCGGGGGAAAGCUGGCCAUGGCCAACGCUACCGCGACCGCGGCARCAACCACGUAGCGGGAAUGCAAUCCAUUCCAAUCCAAUCCGACACAAGCACAAGCACGCAACCCUACCAUGUACUUUGUUUGCAACAGCAACAUUAACAAUCAUUACGACAAUGAUUCCAAACAAAGCAAGCAAGCAGCAACCAUAGAAAGAGCCAAUCACACGUACAAACGAACAAAAUGCUACAGUAUAAACUCCGAGCGAAUAUCGCGCCGACAGCUGCCUACCAGUAGUGUACCAAAAAAUAGAUUGUGUGCCAUGGAUUCUGCUGAGCGAUGCCGCCUCUGUUCAAUUCUAGACGGAGCCGUUGCAGGCCAUGGGAGCGGUCGCGAGAAAACUGCGAUGGAUGCGAGUAGUCACAGUCGCAGUAGUAAGAUACGUGUUCCAUUCAUUCUGUAGUUGCUUCGUGCUGUGCUAGUACGUACUCGUAGUGCUUAUUUAUCGUGCUCGUUCGGACGCCUUGUAUUUACUUCUCAUUCGGCACGAGAUUUUUCGGCAACUACCGGUACAAUCUCCGGUUUCCUGGCGGAUUUGCUGAAUCGAACGACUCAUUGGACUCAAAAUCUCCCACGAUUCAUCUCAACGCCCAGGUUCGUACUAGUACCAGGUAUGGAAAACCGUGUACGUACUGUCUUCUACUACAGAUGUGCUGUGUGAAGUGCGGUACGCUUGUAUCAUCGUACGUAGGAUACUGGAUACUAUGUACGUGCAAGGCAGAACGGAAGAAGACAAGUUCUACCUCACCCGUAGUAAUCUUACCCGACCUUGUACUACGUACUCGCUACUCGUGCACGUAUCCGUUCCGUAUCGGAACACAACUUCUAGCACGAAUGAAUGAAUAAUCGAAUCAAACCGAAUCGACGCAACGGAUGAGACAUUGAAAAACUUUUCUCGUCAGGCCUCACGAGGCAAAACGCAAAAUCCUUUCACAGAACCCCUUCCGCAAUCCGAGAAAGUCGGUAUCCACGACACGACACAAAACAAAACGCUGCAAGGCAAAGYACUCCACUCGACGGGCACAACGCAAACCGCACCGCAACGAAACGAAUCGCAACGAAACGAAACGCAAGCAACGAAACGCAAGCACCAUGAGCGACUGGGACACCCCGAAGGACGACAUGGGCCACCCCGACUCGGCCAUCCGCCUCGCCUCGGCCGUCCACCGGUUCCGGGUGCCAAAGAUCAACCCGGGCCGCAGGAUCUCCUUUGCCAAUUCCUUCCGGACCACCGGAAAGCACGAAAAGACCCGGAGRCUGAUGCACAAGGCCGACGACCAGAGGGAGAAGCUCCUGGAUGCCGUCCUGUCGGACACGAUCAGCCACGAGCGGGUCGUCGCCGAGGCCAGGCGCUACCAGCCCUACAUCCACCAGAUCCUGGUGAGCUGUAAGUUCCAGCCCGAGAUGGCCCGGCUGGACGAGCGGCUGGUGUUUGAGUGGAUGUCGGGAGUGGAGUCCAAGAAGAAWUAUUUCAAGAGCGAGGCGAUGAUGAUGGACCUGACGAUGUGCAUCCUGUGCGAGGGACUGGGCAAGGCGGGGGUGGCGACGGAGUCCUCCAUGGCCGGGGAGUUUGCKGCCGCCAGCCGCGAAUACGCAGCGGCCGCCGGGAUCUUCUCCUUUCUGGCMGAGGACCACCUCCCGAAGUGGAUCGCCCGCGGAUCGAAGACCAGCGAGACCGAUCUCCCCGUCGAGUGCUGCACCACCACGGCCAAGGGACUCAGCAUCCUGUUCCAGGCCAACGCCCAGCAAAUGGCCGUGGCGACCGUUCUGAUCAAGCCCGGGACGCCCAACUACGGCCUGCUGGCCAAGCUCUGCAAGGGCAUCGAGGAGCAGCUCGAGGAAUUCGUCGGGCUGAUGCGCAAGGACGCCUUUGGCCAGAUGGCCCGCAUCGAAAAGGACUUUUUCACGCUGGUGAGCUUCCAGACCGUCUUGCAAAAGUCGCUCUCGGACUACUUUUACGCCCGCAGCGUCUGGGACCAGGGCGACUACGGGCUCGCGAUUGCCCUCCUGUCGGAGGCGACCGUCUACCUGCGCACCGAGGACGYCUCGGGCACAACGCCGGGAAUGCCGGACGUGGCCAGGAUCCCCGCUUUGCAGGCCCUGCUGGGCGACCUGAACGACCUCCGCUCGCACAUGGGCCGCCUCCUGCGGGAGUGGGAGAAGGACAACUCCAACGUGUUUUUCGAGACGGUUCCCCGAUCGGUGCCGACCGAGAAGAAGCUGCCGAAGGGCGUCCGACUGAACAAGGUGGAGCCAUACCACGUCGCGGACGUCGAUCCGGUGCUCCUGUCCCUCCCGGAAAACGCCCUGGUGCGGACCGACAGCGACCUGGCCCGGGAGCUGCAAGAGAAACUGAACGCCGGCGAGGAUUUGUAAAAGAAAACCGAAACGAUACG